AUGUUUUUAAAAAAAGAAAUUUUUAAAGCAAUAUCAUUUAAAAAUCCUGUAAAACUACCUUUAUCUUAUUGGAUAUUGGUUGGUAUAAGAUUUGCUUUAACGUUACUUCCACAGAGGGGAUACAUACAUCCAGACGAAUAUUUUCAAAAUGUAGAAGUAAUAGCAGGAGAUAUCUUUAUGAUUGAUGUAGCCAGGACAUGGGAAUUUAAUCCUAAGUUUCCGAUUAGAAAUAUCUUUGUACCCAAAAUGAUUUUGGGUCCACCACUUCAUUUUAUUCGCUUGUUUAACCCAUAUGCAAAAGAAUAUCUUAAUGUUGAUCUUAAAACACCAUAUUAUUUGCUUGUUAUUCCAAGAUUAUUCAUCUGUUUUCUCUCACUUAUUAAUGAUUACUUUCUGUAUAAAAUAUGCCUAUUGUAUGGACAGAAUUUUAAGAACAGACUUAAAAUAUUUGCAAGCUCUUAUGUAGUACUUGUGUAUUGUUGCAGAAGCUUUUCCAAUGCUUUUGAAAUGAUAUUUUUUUCACUUCUACUUCUGUUAGUGGCCGAAUGUAUGUUUAAAUCUGAUAAGGUAAUAUAUCACAAUGAAUUUUUAAAUGAAAAAUAUAAACAAGCUAAAAAUGCAGUUGAAAAAGUAAAAAUAUUUAAACUGCAAACACAUUUGCCUCAACAUUCAUUGAAUAGAGUUGUAACAAUUGCGGCAGUAGUAGUAAUAGGCAUUUUUAACCGACCAACUUUUGUUGGUUUUGCUUUUUCUCCAAUUUUCUUCUGGCUGCAUAGAGGCUUGGGCUCCAAAGUUGUUGGAUUUAAAGAUUUCCAUUACAGAAUCUUCUCAUUAAUUGUAUGUGGAAUACCUUUUACAUUACUGCUUAUUAUAAUAGAUUCUGGAUACUAUGGAUACUUAACAAUGGCUGAUAUUGAAUCUAUACAAGUCUCCUGGGAAAAUUGGGUUGUUACACCCUUAAAUUUUCUAAGAUAUAAUUCUGAUACAAGAAAUCUCAUUGAACAUGGACUACAUCCACAUUGGCUUCAUCUUGCUGUGAAUGUUCCACUCCUGUUUAGUGUGUUAGGAAUAAUGGCCAUCUGCACAUUAACAAUGCAAAUUUACAGAUUCGUCCGUGGACAAUAUAACAAGCUACCCAGGAUCCAAAGCAUCACAGGCCUCAUGCUGUUUUCACUGGUUAUUCCUGUUGCAGUGUUAUCUCUAUUUCCACACCAAGAAGCACGUUUUAUUAUACCUAUACUAGUACCAUUAGUAUAUUUAUAUGGAAACAAUUUAUAUAGCAAUGAAAGUGAUUCACCAAGUUUCAAACGUCUGAAAACGGUCCUUCGUUGCGUUUGGUAUAUAUCCAACAUUAUUUUGACAAUAUUCUUUGGUUUCAUACAUCAAGGAGGCAUUUACCCUUUUACGAGCAAUCUCCAUCGGGAAAUCAAAAAUAAUUAUGGCGUACAUACUCACGUUAUCACAACACAUAGCUAUAGUAUACCGACAUUCUUACUCCAAUUGGAGAGCACGACAAAAAUUUACAAAGACAAAAAAAGUGGCUACACUUACAAACUAGCUCCGACAACAUUCCUUCAUAAAUACGGCUCGAUGCCUAUGAACGAACUGUUCGUAAAAGUUGAUAAUGUAUUAACAAAUGCAGAAAAAUUGUUACACAAGAACAAAAGGCAGUAUAAGUUUUAUAUUGCAUCGCCUUGUUCUUUAGAACGUCAAAUUAGAGAAGAAGCUUCUAAAUAUAAUUAUAUUAAUUUAGUGGAAGAUUUCACGUACUACCCCCAUUUUUGUUCGGAGGCGUUGCCCGAGUUCCCGGGAAGGUACGACCAAUUCUGCUCUGAUAAUAACAUAAUAAAAUCAAAUCAAUCUAUUUCUGUAGAUCUGACAAUGUUGCAAAGGAUCUCUUGCUAUUUAAAAAAAUUCUGUCUAAGAGUGUACAAAGUGAGCCCUUCGUCGAAAAUACAUACGGGUGAU